CUGUAAAUCUCGUCGACUGUACUGAUUGUCUCAACAUUAUUUGCCAUUUCCCACGUUUUCUGUGCGAUCGUGUUUUGGUCACUGGAAGGACCUGCCAUUUUAACAAAUUUUUCGCAAUCUCUGAAAUAACAAGAAUUUUCUAAUUAUUUUCAAAACUAUCCCACUCUGUUUGGCACGAAGCUUCUGAACCGAAAUUUUAAUUUUGGAAACAGAGGCUUUUCGAAGAGGACAGACAGCAGUCAUGAAUCCCGUUCGUUCCCGUCUUCUCAACUUCUGAACGAGCUCCAAAAAUCAGUUUUUCCUGGGUUUAUAUGAAUAACCUGCGACUGUGAUGGCACGGAGUUUCACCUGGCUGCGUUACUUUCUUCUCUGUUGUGUCAUCCUUCUUGUAUUUACUUUCUUGCUCGCUUUAAUUACAUUUGCUGAGAUUUCUACUGGAAUUUGGGCUCUCAUUAAGCAUCAGAAAAUUGAAGAGCUGCCGCUUAUGGACGCUAAAAAAGCUUUCUCACUUGCCACUACUGACAAUAAAAAAAUUUGGGAUCGGAUGCAAUCAAGGUUAGGAUGCUGCGGUUUGCAUGGAAAAACGGAUUAUGCAGAUUCGCAAGGGCCUCCUUGGUCAUGUUUUAAAGUUGCCUCAACGGAGGAUUCGCAAGAUCCAGAUACAAUUUAUAAAGUAGGGUGCCUUUUCUCAGCAAUCUCUCACACGCGUUCGGUUUUACUGAAUGUAUUUUUGACGGCCCUUGGUUCGGUACUUCUACAGAUAUGCUUUUUAAUUGCCGCUGCAUGUUACCUGAAAGCCGUCAGGAAAAAAAAAGAGAAAAGAAAGCAAGAAAUACUGGAGACAGCAAGGAGUGCUAAAGACUCUGAUGCGGAUAAUCAGACAUUGAAAUCUAAAACAUUGAGAUCAUUUUAGAUUUAAUAUCUAAUUUUUAUACAAGAAAGUAGAUUUUAGAAAAAA